UGAUAGUACCCGAAAGCACCAAGUGCCUUUUAAGGGGACUCGGAGCACAGGCGUAUCAGCAGAAACGGAAGCGUUCACCCGUUUCAAUACAGUAGAAGGAGAAUGGAAGAGAUAAAAACCGAGCCUGUGGAUUUUGUGAAGGAAUUCCAAGAAUACCUGACACAACAAACUCAGCAUGUCAACAUGAUCUCCGGCUCUGUUUGCGGAGAAAAGGAGACAGGGGAGCCGUUUCAAGCAGUUGCCCCCAGGAGUGAGCAGAAUGGUUUGGAUCCUCCGUAUGUGGAGGUGAACCUACCAAUGGAGGAUGGGUCAGAUGUACAGAUGGACGGCCUCGAGAGGACCUGCGAUGGAAAGUACAAGUGCAGUUACUGCAGCUAUGCCAACAAGGGCAUGGCUCGUUUAAUAGAGCACAUCCGCAUCCACACAGGAGAAAAGCCUCAUCGCUGCCAGCUGUGCCCGUUUGCUUCAGCGUACGAGCGCCACUUGGAAGCCCACAUGCGCUCGCACACAGGAGAGAAGCCGUACAAAUGUGACCUUUGUGCCUUCCGCUGUAGCGACCGCAGCAACCUGUCUCACCACCGUCGCCGCCGCCACAAACUCCUGCCCACGAGAGCCGUCCGCUCUUCGUUCUCCAACAAGAGAAUGUUGAGCUCCCUGCAGAAGAGGACAGGCUCGCUGGGCUUCAGCAGGCGACUGCUCAUCAACUUCAACCCUCCCUCUAUGGUGAUGCCAAAGUCGGAUUAUCUGAGUGACUUGUCUCACAAGAUCCACCACAAUUUGAAUAGCAGUGAGUAUCAGAACCUUCCCAAGGUACAUGAGAACAACAGUUGCAACAGAGCUGCUAAUGGUAUGACUUUUAAUAACCCACUGGACCAGCUGUCUACACUUGCGGGCCAGUUAGCCGACCUUCAUCCUGAGUCUCAGACUCCUGCAUCCCCAGACAGGGACUCCUUAAAAGACGAGAAGCCCAUCCUCAUACAACAGGUCUCCAGUGAACACCUUGUCAUGUGUUCAAAUGGAGUGCAGACUUCACCACCUAAAAAUAAAUCUCCCACCUCAGGCUGCGGGAGUUGCAGUCCUGUUCCUGGCCUCGGCUUUGAGAACAGCAUGAACACUCUUACUGCGAGUGUUAGCAACAGCCAGCCGAGCACACCCGCUCCUGCCCUGAACACACCGGACCAACAGCUCUUAAAUAAAUGCCAGCACUGUGAUAUUCACUUUCAGGACAACAUCCUCUACACCAUACACAUGGGCUGUCAUGGCUACGAACAGCCGUUCCAGUGCAACAUCUGUGGGCACAUGUGUAUAGACAAAUACGACUUUUCAUGCCAUUUUGCCCGUGGACAACACAAGUGAUUUCUAGCAACAGAGAUGCAUUUGGUGUCUUAAAUCCUUAUGUUCUCAGUAUAUUGCCUGUACAGCAUCUAAACAUGACUGAUUUACAUUUGAUGUUUUGUUGUGUACAGUUUACUAUUCUUUUUUUUUUUUCAUUUAAUACUCACUAUAUUGUUGCCUUAUUGCAGUUCUUCAUGGCUUUGAGCUUUUCAUAUCAGUUGUGGAUUGAUGCAUACAAAGGGUGGAGAAAACGACAGAAACAUCUUCUAAACAGCUCGGCAGUAAAAAUACAAAUUGAAGCUGAUAAUUGACGUUUCAUUUCAACUCGUCCUACAGUCAGUAUUAGUAAGGGCAUUGUGACCACUGUCCUUCUGUGCCAAUGCAGCUGCUUGUGUUUGGCAUGUUAUCCUAAUUAUUUUUAAUUACUAAUGACUAAUUUCUUCUAAUUACUUCCCAUUUAGCUCCUGUAGUAAAUCACAAUUGCAUAGGCAGCUAUACUAUAUGAGACAUUUUAAAUAAAGUAAACAGUAUUUAACAUUAAACAUUAUGAGCUUCACCAUCAGUGUUCAUCGUGGGGCUGUUAAACUGUAAUUUUGUCCACUUUCUGUAUAUGGCCCGUUUAUCUAAUUAUAAAUCAAAUUUUCUAUCUUAGUUAAAUUGGAUGGACACAUUUCGCUGUGAGAAACUGAAUUUGCUAAUUUUUCAGUUCAAAUCACAAGUUUGUGCCGAGCAAAUCAGCCAAAUCAAUCACAAAUAUUUCAAUUUCUUAUUCUCUUUUUUUGUUACUAAUUUAUACCCAUGAAACAAUUAUAUAUGUAUAAGUUGUUUUGAGUAGUUUUGCCAAUUCUUAGUACAAAAUCAAAUUUCACCGUAGCCACUUCUUAUGUGUAUAGUAGCAGCUGUUGAGACACUGUUAAGAUCCCUGUGACUCUAAGCUGUAAUGUUCUAUUUUAAUUAAUAGCUUUUGAUUUGUGUACAUCUUGGUCUAAAAUAAAGACAGGUUAAAUACUUAGUAUGUGAUUAAUCUUAGUAUGGACAGAAAGUUACAAUUUGAGUUGAAUGGGCUUUUAUCUCUUUAAUGUUUAAUAUAGAAUGUAUGUACUGACACCAUAUUUGCUGUGACCGUGCAGGUGAGCACGAGUGUAUCCCUGUAUCUUGAGUUUAAAAGAAAGAUUGAAUAAAAAAGCAAAACUUUUUAUUCACUUAGUGCCACAACGACCAGCAAAAGUACAUUUUAUUUAAUUGAAUACAAAGUGUCUUGCAUUCUCUUGUGGCUUUUUGAUGCGAUUAAAUCUUCCUUUGUGAAAAUUCAA